CUUGCGGGAAAGGGUAGGGACUUAAACUCUUAAUUCAAAUGAACAACGUGUUAAACUCUUAAUUCUAUAGAGACUGAAAGACUUUGGUUGAGUUUUCAUCAAUGGCAGCAAGAACCCCGGGCAACGGUAACCGCUUUCUUGUUCGCCCUAGAACACUUUUUGAAGGUUCUCGAACUGAAGUUGAAGAACCCCCGGAAGAUGGUAACCGCUUUCCUGGUCGUCCUAGAACACUUUUGGAACCAGAACCCCAAGGGGAAAGAACUCAACAAGAGCUUCCUCAAAUGAAUAUGGAUGGGCUCGAUCAGGGAGGAGGAGGCGGCAACAGGACCCAGAUUCGUUACAAUAAUAUUACCGCAGGCGAGCUCAGUGAGAAUGUUGGGAUGUCAAACUUUCGUAAUGUACAAGGUCAAGGCGGAGGCCAAGGUGGUGAUCUCGACAUUUCUGGCAAUACAAUUACUGCAGGUGGAGGAGCCUCGAAUGUUGGGUUUCACAACUUUGGCAACAGCACACCUGACAGGAAGUGUUGCAUCCUCAUGUAGUUUGGGAGAAAAAGAAGCUGAAUCAAAGUUAAUAUAAACUAAUUGAAGAAGGACAUGAUUAAUAAAAAGAAAAAAAG